AUGCGUGCGUUCUUUGUAUUGUGUUUGGCUGCUGUUUCCUAUGCCGAUAAACUAGGUUAUAACUACCGACCAGUUGGGCAUUCUGACUCUGGACUCUCCUUCACACCCGGCAGUUCUGACGGCAUUGGAAGUCUUGGAGGACUCGGAAGUCUCGGCGGUGAUAGUGGACUAGGCAGUAGUGGAAGUGGAGGUCCUAGUGGUUUAGGCAGCAGUGGAAGCCUAGGUGGCCUUAGUGGUCUUGGUGGCUUGGAAGGUGGUCAUGGAGGUUCAGGGGACUUAGGCGGAAUUGGUGCUCCAGGUGGUUCUGGAAACGUGGGACCAUCGUACUCAGCACCUGCCGAAUUCAACAAAGAAUACUUCACAUAUACUGCUCCCGAACAGGAAUUUGAUGAUGCAGAUGGAGCCCAACAGGUUGCCCACUCUUUAAAGAAGAAUCUGCGUGUGGUUUUCAUUAAAGGACCUGAAAACCAAGGUCUUGAAAAUGCUGCCCUGCAAUUGGCCAAGCACGCUGGCGAGGACCAAACCGCUAUCUAUGUUUUGCAAAAACAGAGCGACAUUUCAGAUUUGGCUAACAAACUCAAUGCGAUCCAAAGUCAGAGCAGCCACAGGCCCGAGGUGCACUUCGUCAAAUACCGCACUCCUGAAGAUGCCGCCAACGCUCAGCAAGCUAUCCAAUCACAAUACGAUCAAUUGGGUGGAAAUUCCCAAGCGCACGAUGGAGGUGUCGCCCCUGUGCACAACUUUGCUUCCCAAGCUCCAGUUCGGGCUCCCGAAGUGCACGCUCCCCGCAAUGCUUACUUGCCAUCUUCCAUCAUUCGUAUUUAG